CGCGACCCUCACGUGACCAGGAGUCGACGUGUGCAGAAGUCCUUAUAGUCCAGGGCCUGUUUCCCUGUAGCUGCUACGUAUUGCUGGAGAAGGAGAAAAGUGCCCCGGAUCCUUUCAGGACUCUUGGUCUUUGGACGCGACACAGAUCGAGUGAGGGAAGAGGCAGGAAAAUCCCCUGGAUCCCUGCAGAAUUAAUUUAUUCAAAAGAAAUAACAGAAAAAUACUCAACAUGCAAAAGUCUUGUGAAGAAAAUGAAGGAAAACCACAGAACAUGCCAAAGGCAGAGGCAGGCCGCCCUUCAGAAGCUGUACCACAGGAGGCAGAAGGAAAUCCUCAACCUUCCGAAGAAGGUGUAAGCCAGGAAGCAGAAGGAAAUCUUAGAGGAGGGCUGACCCAACCUGGCCAGGGGUUUAAAGAGGACACUCCUGUGAGGCAUUUGGACCCUGAAGAAAUGAUAAGAGGAGUAGAUGAGUUGGAAAGGCUUAGGGAAGAGAUAAGAAGAGUAAGAAACAAGUUUGUGAUGAUGCAUUGGAAGCAAAGACAUUCACGCAGCCGCCCUUAUCCUGUGUGCUUUAGGCCUUGAAUUUUUUUGUCUGAUAUUAAAUCUGGCCCCUGCUUUCUUUCUGUUAGCGUUUUCUGAUGUAUCUUUGACUUUCGUUUUAUUUUAAUCAUCUGGUGGAAUUUUUUUUAGGUAGUUCCCUUGUUACCAGCAUCUCACUGGAUUUUGUAUUUUGACCCAUUCUCCAGGUCUGUUUUUCAAUUGGAAAGUUUCACACAUAUGCAUGAAAAUAUAUUCAUUCUAUAUUGUAAAGUAAAACAUAACCGGUUACAAAGCAGUAUAUUUAGUAUCAGCUCACAUAUGUAGGAUUAAAUCCCAAAUUGUGUGUGUGCGUGCGUGUGUAUACAUACAUACAUAUAUCAAAAACUUAACUGCUUAUUUCUGUGUAGCGUGAGCUUUUUCUUUCUGCUUAUAUGUAUUUUUUCAUGAACACAUGUCACACACACAAAAAGAAUAAAAGUUUUAUAAGUAAGAGUCAAAUAAUUUGCAACCAGCUUAUAAGGGCAAUGGGGGCACCUAAAUUCUUGAUGGAAUAACUAAAAGAAAUAUGUAAACCUCAAACUACCUCUGGAUCUCUUAGCCAGAGGAAUAAAACUGGCAAUUAUUGCAGA